CGCCACGUACAUUAAUUUGAGUUUUUUGACGAUAAAUAAAAACGAUCGUUCCCGUUUCCACUACCUCCCUUUCCCUUCUUUAUUUCGCACCUAUGAAGUCUUCUAAGAUCUUCGAUUCACGAAGUCCACUCAGUCUUCCAUGUUCACGCCCUAUUUUACAUCACGGACAGGGAAUAACUUGCCGAAUCAACCGGUGACAAACCACAAUCGGAAGUGGGUAGAUAUAGAUUGUCAGAUGUUUAGUUGUGGGUGUGGUAUGGAUGUGAUGUGAUCGAUCUAAUAAAAGUGAUUUCUUUUAUUAUAUUAAUUGGUUGUAAAUUAGUUUAUUUCGGCUGAAUACGUUCCAACAUGCCGGCAUAUCAUUCCAGUUUUCUUGAAUACAAUCAAGCUGUAGGAAAUAUGGCCAUUUUGCCCUUCCGAACACAAUUCCGAGGCCCAGUGGCUCAUUUUACCAAAGAUUGGGACAUCAUUGAUGAGGCCCUUUACUACUUCAAAGCCAACGUUUUUUUCAGAACGUACGAAAUAAAGAGUGAAGCAGAUAGAGUGUUAAUUUAUAUCACUCUGUAUAUAACAGAAUGUCUUAAACGACUCCAAAAAUGUAGCAAUAAAAAUCAAGGCAUGCAAGAAAUGUACACAUUAGCUAUUUCAAAAUUUGAUAUACCUGGAGAUCCAGGCUUUCCUCUUAACUCGGUGUAUGCCAAACCUGCAAAUCCUACAGAUGGUGAUCUGAUGCGUCAAUACAUUCAGCAACUACGUCAGGAGACUGGAUUACGUGUGUGUGAGAAAGUUUUUAGUAAUGCUGAUGGAACACCUUCCAAAUGGUGGCUUUGCUUUGCCAAGAAGAAGUUUAUGGAUAAGUCACUGUCAGGCCCUGGCCAGUAGAUAAUUUGGAGCACUUACCCAGUUCUAAUGCUCGUGUGACUUACGAACAAUUCAUUGCAUUUUGUAUUAAAAUUUUUGUAUGUACAUUUUAUUUUUAAAGCUUUAAAGUAUUACUUCAUUAUAUCUGUACUAAUUUGGGUUUCCAUUAUAUCAUUAAUUUUAAAAUGUCAGUUGAUAUUCCUGUGGAAAUUUUACUAUAUGAUUUUAAUGUAUCUAAAUUUGAAGCAGUAAGUUUGUGUUAAUUAUUGAAUAGCAUUGUUUCAAAAUUCUAUUGUAUAUUGUUUUUUAGGAUGCUUCUUUAUUCAUGAUCUCUAUUUAUCGAGUCCUUUCAUACCUGUUGUUGAAAAUGUUUAAACUGAAGAAUAUUUUAAUGUCAUAAGUUCUUCAGAAAAAUAAAUACUAUUUGUUUCUGCUUUGUAUCUGGUGUUUUUUGUUGAUUUUCCUGUUUUUCUAUCCUUGAAAAUCUGAUGUCUCAAAGGCUUGAAGAUUUUUAAUAC